AUGGAUAACAAAAGACCAGUGUCAGUGUUGACAGAUGGGGACAUGGCCAUGCGUGAAGCAAUACAAAAAGUCUUUCCUAAUGCCAAGCACUGUCUAUGUAAUUGGCAUAUGCACAAAAAUGCCAAGCACAAUGUUCGAAUCGUUGGAUUCGAAGGACAUUUCAAGCAUCUCAUGGAUCUUGAUGCGAAUGAGGUUGUAUUUGACGAAGCUUGGAGUAAGAUGGUCAGACAAUAUGGCCUUCAAAAUAACAAGUGGGUAUCAGACACCUACAAAAACAAAGGCAUGUGGGCUCAGUCAUAUUUUUGUGGUCAUUUUUUUGCUAGGAUGAAGAGCAGUCAGUGUUGUGAGAGUAUGCAUGCUUUUUUCAAUGAGUGCCUCAAACGAAAACUAAAACUAUUCGAAUUUGUUAGACGUUUUGACAUGGCCCUUUAUCGGUUUCGGAACAAAGAAGUGGAGGCCAAGGCAAAAACUGACAACAAUGAUCCUUGUCUUACCACGACACUUCGGCCUCUAGAGAAACAUGCUGCAACCAUCUUCACCAGACAUUUGUUCUUAAUGUUCCGGUCGUCAGCCACACGAGGAGAACUUGCCCCCCAAAAAAAUCGUAAAACGGGACAAAUGGGUAGCAAUUCGUUUGACGAAUAUUAUGAUGACUAUGAUCCAAUUGGUGCUGAGUGGUACCAAAAGAGUUCUAAGCUCUUGAUCUUGAAUCUUCCAUUCAAGAGGCUUGUCCAUGAAAUUGCUCAGGACUUCAAGAUGACGGACGAUAUUCCACAUGAUGGAGCUCUACUCGAGAUUCCACCCAGUUAUCACCUCCGGUAG